UCACUGCCCUCUGCCUCGACCUUAUCCAGCCACACGCCACCAUGUGCCAUACCAGCUGCUCCUCGGGCUGCCAGCCAGCCUGCUGCAUGCCCAGCCCCUGCCAGCCAGCCUGUUGUGUGCCCAGCCCCUGCCAGGCAUCCUGCUGUGUGCCUGUGGGCUGCCAGUCCUCCGUGUGUGUGCCCGUGAGCUUCAAGCCAGCCGUGUGCAUGCCCGUGAGCUGCCAGUCUUCUGUGUGUGUGCCCGUGAGCUUCAAGUCAGCCGUGUGCAUGCCCGUGAGCUGCCAGUCUUCUGUGUGUGUGCCUGUGAGCUGCAGGCCCAUUGUGUGUGCGGCCCCCUCCUGCCAGUCCACCGUGUGUGUGCCUGUGAGCUGCAGGCCCGUCGUGUAUGCGGCUCCCUCCUGCCAGUCCUCUGGGUGCUGCCAGCCUUCCUGCACCAGCGUCCUCUGCAGACCCAUCUCCUACAGUAUCCCUUCCUGCUGCUGAGCAUGAAUCUCCAGACCCGCUGCUCCCAGUGCAGAUGAGGCCACACCUGUACACUCCCUGGAUGAGUCCUCAGUUGGUCUUCUGCACAUGGCGCAGGUGAAAAGCAUGCUCAGUGAACCCUCUGAAUUCUGGAUCGAGAAUGUGACAGAAUGAUCUGGAGCCCUUGCUGACCUUGCCCAUCCCCCCAGGGAAGUCUGGGGUCCCAGAGUCAUUCUCUGACCCCAUGAGAGCCAAAUAAACCAGCUUUCCCCAUGCA